GAUUUUUAAUGUAAAAGAAACAAGAAGAUAAUAAUUGUAGUGACCACUUAACAUGGCGACUAUCCCUUUGUUAGUGUUACCGAUUUCUCUCCUCCGCCACCAACCUUCUUCUCCUCCAACUCUAACAACUCACUCUCAUAUCCACAGUUUCCCUAACCCCAUUUUCACAAACUCCUCAAUCAACAAAACAACCACAGUUUACGGUAUCAAUCCCAGUGACUCAAGACGAGACAAUCCUCUCUUCUUGGACGAAAACAAUGCGGUGGUCGAUGACAUGGACGGUUACCUCAAUAACCUUUCCCUCGAAUACGAAUCUGUUUGGGACACCAAACCAGCUUGGUGUCAGCCAUGGACAAUAGCGCUAACAGGGGUUUCAAUUGUUGCUAUUAGCUGGUUGAUUUUUCACUCUCUUUUUGUCACUUCAGCCAUAUCCUUACUCAUUUUCGCAUGGUGGUACAUUUUUCUAUAUUCUUAUCCCAAGGCUUAUUCAGCUAUGAUUGCUGAGCGCAGAGAAAGGAUUACAGAUGGUGUUGAAGAUACGUAUGGUCGUAGGAAGUAGCAGUGGUUUGAAUUUAAUUAUUCCCACUCUUCACUUGUGCUCAUCUUUUCUCUAUGUCUCAGAUGUAGUCUCUGCUUGUAUUUAUAUUUAGUUAAUACAACAGUACUUGUUAAGAAUUUUAUUCACAUUAUUUCUGUAAAUUACCUUGGAGAUUAUAUGUUGAAGAAAUCUUGAGAAUUGUUCACUAGACUUGGAUCUGUGGAAAUGAGGGUUGUUCUGUAAGAAAUAAGCAGCACUUAUCUGUCAUAUAAGCUUUGGUCUAUUGCAUCCUGAUACUGAUUUGUGGUGUGCAGAAUUUAGAAGAGAGGAUUUUAAAGAGGGAAUUUUCACCAACUAAAAGUUGCUACUAAAUGCAAAAGAAGUUGCAAUCUGAAAUUUCAAAGUAUUAGUUACUUGCAAAAAGGGUUAGAAACAGUAAAAUAAUUUAUAGCAGAGUCCCACUAUCAUGAUUGUUCAGUCUCACACCAUCAAUAGAGUGGAAGGCAAAAUCAUUUCCAACCAUUUUCAUUCUUCCAUUUAUUGCUUUAUUGAGGGAAACAAAUACUGGAGAAUUUUUACAAUUCUG